GUCGGUUAUAACCCGUCACCAGCGUCGCCAACACUCAUUCUAACCCGAGAACCUUACAGUGAUAGUCUAGUAUUUUUCCACCAUGAGAGAAAUUGUGCACAUUCAAGCCGGGCAGUGCGGCAACCAGAUUGGGGCCAAAUUUUGGGAAAUCAUUAGCGAUGAGCAUGGCAUCGACCCGACCGGCACAUACCGAGGAGACCAUGACCUACAACUGGAACGCAUCAAUGUCUACUAUAAUGAAGCCACUGGUGGCAAAUAUGUUCCUCGGGCUAUUCUUGUCGAUUUGGAACCAGGCACAAUGGACUCUGUCCGAUCUGGACCCUUUGGUCAACUCUUCCGGCCAGACAACUUCGUUUUUGGUCAGAGUGGUGCUGGAAACAACUGGGCUAAGGGUCACUACACAGAAGGCGCUGAACUUGUAGAUUCUGUUCUUGAUGUAGUCCGUAAAGAGUCUGAAGGCUGUGACUGUCUGCAGGGCUUCCAGCUCACACAUUCUCUUGGUGGUGGUACUGGCUCAGGAAUGGGUACUCUUCUUAUCUCAAAGAUUCGUGAAGAAUAUCCUGAUCGUAUCAUGAACACAUUCUCUGUUGUGCCUAGUCCAAAAGUAUCAGACACUGUGGUUGAGCCUUACAAUGCCACUUUAUCAGUCCAUCAACUUGUAGAAAACACAGAUGAAACCUACUGUAUUGACAAUGAAGCCCUUUAUGACAUUUGCUUUAGGACACUGAAACUGUCCACUCCUACAUAUGGUGACCUUAACCAUCUUGUAUCUCUCACUAUGUCUGGUGUGACCACUUGCUUACGAUUCCCUGGCCAACUGAAUGCAGAUCUCCGAAAGUUAGCGGUGAAUAUGGUUCCAUUCCCUCGACUCCACUUUUUCAUGCCUGGAUUUGCUCCACUCACCUCACGUGGUUCCCAGAUGUAUCGUGCUCUUACUGUACCUGAGCUGACCCAGCAGAUGUUUGAUGCCAAGAACAUGAUGGCUGCCUGUGAUCCCCGCCAUGGACGUUACCUGACUGUUGCUGCCGUGUUCCGUGGUCGUAUGUCAAUGAAGGAAGUGGACGAACAGAUGCUUAAUAUUCAAAAUAAGAAUUCCUCAUACUUUGUUGAAUGGAUUCCCAAUAAUGUGAAGACUGCUGUUUGUGACAUCCCUCCAAGAGGAAUCAAGAUGGCCUCGACCUUCAUCGGCAACUCUACUGCCAUUCAGGAACUCUUCCGUCGUAUCUCUGAACAGUUCACCGCUAUGUUCCGGCGAAAGGCUUUCCUCCACUGGUAUACUGGUGAGGGCAUGGAUGAGAUGGAGUUCACAGAGGCUGAAUCUAACAUGAAUGAUCUUGUUUCUGAGUACCAGCAGUACCAGGAUGCUACAGCUGAAGAGGAAUAUGAAGAUGAAGAGGAACAUGCUGAGGAGGCCUAAUUAUCUGAGGCUAACAGUAUGAGGCUCUAACCGCUGGUACUGAUGCUGCCAUGCUCUUAACUAGGAUAACGUUGAUACUAUAUAUGUAGUUUCAGCUUGCCUAAGAUAUCAACAAAACUCUAAGAUCUCUUAAUCCAUGGAGACAUAACUACUUGCUACUACUUGCUUUUAUUUCAAAACAAUUUUCUCAUGGUUUAUAUCAUUGUGUUUCAGACAACGGCAUUUAAGUUUCACAGUUAAUAAAAUUAGCUGUGAAUAUUAGUAAUGUAAUGUAUCUGAUUUAAUGUAUACUUUGAGAGGAGCCAAGUGGAAGAUCAUUCCAUGACACAACGUGCUAAUACACUGCCAAUUGACAAGUGACUAAUGGUGUCUUUCACUUGCUUCACUCACAGACUAACUUGGUUAAGAACAAAGCCAUUUCAAGUACUCCUCUAUACUAUGACACUAUCUUCAUUUGGCUGUGUCCCUUUAGUCUUUGUUCUCAACCCAGUCUCAAAGAAAUGUCAAGCAAAGUGUAAGGAACUUUACUAGUAAGGGCUCUAUACUUGUGUCAAUUUGUAACAUGUGGUUCAUGUCAGUUUUAAGUGUGAUCUCUUGGUAUUGACAAUUAGGCUUGAUACCUCUGUAUGCAAUCAUUUAAAAAUAGUUUAACAUUUGUUCCGGUUUUCUAAAGGAAUGCUGGGACCUCAGAUAAAUUAUAAAUAUCCGCAUUAAUUCCAGCUUAAAAUUUAAGGGUAAAGCCACUAAAAUGGUCACAGAUUAUGGCUCAUGUUUUUUAUAAGCCAAAUAUAAUUUUAUGCUCUACCAGUUGAAUUUUAAGUGUCUAGGUACAGUACAGUAUAUUACCUCUUAAGCACUAAAAUAAUUACCGGUCUCUUUUGCCCUUACUAGGCGUCUUCUAGUCAGCGUUACAUGCCAGUACUGUAAUUGUUUCUUGUCUCCCAAAUAAUUUACAUUUUAUUUAUAAUUACUGUCAUUUGAUUUCAUAGCAUAAGUAGAAGUACAGUAUACUGUAUUAAUUUUUUAUUUCACCACUGCAGUUUUGUCUUUAAUAAAGAUAUCUGUAUGGUG